AUGAAAUGGAUAAUAUUCUUGACUCUCGGAUGUCUCCUGGCUUUCUCCUUUCUUUCUCAUAACUCUUCCGAUUCCGACGACAGAUUGACUGGACGCAAAAGUGAGUUUUACGGGGAUGAUACUUUAGAAUCCGACUGUUUAGCUGAAAAUGUUCGAGAAAAGCGAGGAAUCAAGACGGAAUUGUUGAAACAUUUGAAUAAAAGGAAAGUGAAGGCGAUGAAAGUGAUGAGGAAGUUCGACGAGAAUCAAAGAGAUCGCGAGUUCGUUGUGGAUCGGAAAGACGAGGAAUCCAUGGUUGAGUUUGCGAAAUACAGGUGAGGAAUCCACAAGAAAAGAAUGGAAACAAACUGCAGUUUCAGUGGGUCCACAUUCGAAUCGCUGGAAUUCCGGAACUUCAACGCCUCCGCGGAAGACGUGCUGACUGCCAGAAUGAUUAGAGGAGCAAGGUUGGACUUGCGGAGAAGAUUCUUCCGAUACAAAGGUCCCACUUCAGAGACAGAUGUUUUGAUUUUCUUUCCAUUUACAGAAAGAAAUGAAUUGGUCCUGAAGGACUGCUAUGAUGGCUGGUUUCCAUUUGAAGAGUUCGAAGUUCCAGUCGGAUUGGUCAGAAAUGUGAUCCGCGUGGAAAUUACUGAAAAAUGGGAAGAGGAUCAGUGUCGGAAGUACGAGCGACUCGUCGACGUCUUCGGAUCAUUCGCGGUUCGCGUCGACCACGCGUGCAAUUGGAGAUAUUGGAAUUUCGAUGCCUCGAAUGUGAACUUUGAAGAGUACAAUCUGGCCCAGAGAGAAGAUCUGAAGCACAAGGGAGGCGUCCCCGUGGCGUACAUGCAAGUCAAAGGAUUCUCGAAGAACAUGGAUAUAGUGGAUGCGUGGCUGGUGAAGCCGCUCCGUCUUGACUGGAUCCGAACAGUGGGACUGAAUAACUUCGGUCAGUUGGGAGCUCACCUUCUAUUCCAACCUAAAAAGUUCAGAUUACAACGAUGGAUGUCUCAGAUUCCAGAAGGUUGAUCCGAUGAGCGUUCUCCUGUUCAAAGAACUCACUCAACUUAAUUACGACUCUCGAAACUUCAAACGAUCUGCCCUUUCGUCAUCGAUUCGUCCACUGAUCGGUGUUUGUCUUUCGAGAAUAAAAUCGAGCUCUGGGAAAAGUUCGGAAUCGUUGCUCUUCAAAUCAUCGACAACUGUCCGAGCAAGAGAAAAGUGAUAAUUCUGAACGGACGACAACCAUUCGACUAUGUCAUUGACAGAGAAGACAUAAAGUUCAAUCCCGGAGACGUCAUCGAAUAUGCCAGAAUCCGAGAUUUUACAACGGAAGAUCACCUGAAGAAGUUGAGUGCGUGGUUCAAGGAAUUGAGGUAUCAUGAAGUCACUGAAAUCGGAAGAGGCGACGUUCCGACUGUUCCGGAAGUCACAAUCACCGGAUGCAUCACCGCUUUUGUACCAUUUCCAUCACUUGACAGCGCAAACAGAGAUUACAAAUCUGCCCCGAACUUAAGGUUCACAGUAAGUACAUUCUGACUUCCUCAUCCUUCCUUCCAUAUUUUCCAGCUCCCCAUCUACUUCUACUACCAGAACACCGGCGCCGACUGCCAGAACCGAGGCUCUCUCCGCUACCUUCGCAGUCUGCUCGGCCCGCUCGCAGUCGCCAGUUCCCGAGACUGUGAGUGUGAGCCUUCGACGUCUUCCGAACUCAUCUGGAGCCAAUGCGUCAAUCAUCGUGGCACAAUCGAAAUAACCGGAUCACCGUCGGAUGAACAGCUUCUACGAUACAGAAACAUUCGCAGAAUCGAACAAGGACAACUGUGGAUACACGACACGAAGACCGUCAAGAAUCUGAGUUUCUUGUCAAAUUUGGAAGAGAUUGAAUGCAGGAAAGAGGAUGCGAUGCUGAAAGAGAAACGACAAUAUUCGGCAGUUCGCGUUGACGGAGAAAAUCUGAAAUUGGAGUCUGUUGAGUUACCGAAACUGAAGACGGCAAAGGAGUGCGAGAAGUUUGUCGACGUCGUCGGGGAUUCCGCUCAAUUGCCAUUGUUCUUAUCUUGUCCGUGGAUGGUAGGUAGUUGAACGAACUUGGAAUCAGAGAAUACAAAUUCAGGAGAAAACUCUCGGCUUCAGCUCAAUAGACAUUCAGAACCAGGGAAAGAGUGAGAUAAUAUUGUCGUGUCUAUAUUUAGUAGAAUUCGUUUUCAGAAUGCACGGCUUCUUCUGGAUUAGGAGGCGGAAGGAGGCUGAGUGCGCUCACGGAUUGGAGAAAUGCACGGAGAUACACGGAGAUCUCGUGGUCGAUGGAUCCGUCGACGACGUGCCCCGAUUGACGACAGCACUCAGAAACAUCCGGAGAAUAAGAGGGAACGUCGAGAUUCGCAAUCUCAACACUGCGCACUGUCGUCUAUUGCAAUUCGUGAAGAUCAUUGACGGAAACCUUACGUUCCAGAACAACCCGUUCCUGCGAAAAAUGACACUUGGGUUGCUUUCGGUGCACGGACAGAUUCGAUUGAUGAAGACUCCUCGGAUGUGCUGGGAGCUUCAGAGAAUGCGUCUGUUCGUCGAUGGGCUCAAAAGGAAGGUCAUACUGACGGAUUGUGCCUAUCGUGAGUUUGUACCCAUUCUGGGCACACCCUAUGAGAAUGAUUUCAGAACGAAACGCAAUGUUGGACGCAUUUGAAGAUCGAGAAGGAGACGUGCACAGAAUGUCCGAUCUGGGCAUUUCGUACGCGAUGGCAUUCACCGUCUGCUACAUGAUGUACAGUGUAUUCUCCAACUAUGCACGAAGUCUGAAUAUAACUCGAUGGAGGAAAUGGACCGAGUUGGACGAGCAUUUGAGAACCGAUUCGCAAGCAUAUCUGGACGAAGAUUCAUCGGAAGAAGAGCUGGACGUGCUGACGUGGAAGAGGAAGACUUUGAUGAAGAACAGGUUGGACGGCAGAGACAUCGAAGGAGAGAAGAUCGCCGCAGAACGGAGAGAGUACAGAGAGAGCCGACGAGGAGUGACGUGGAAGGAUAAAGUGAAGGCGUUCGGAAAGAGCAUUCAGCGGGCCGACUCGGACAGUGAGUACUCAGGACAGAGCUGGCUGAGACGGAAACAAGCGGGUGCCAAAGAGAAGAAGAAUACGGAUGGAAUGAUGUGGAAGAAGAUGAUGAUGGCCGGAGUUGUGGAUAGCAAAGAGAAUGAAGAGCCGGAAUGGGCGGAGCCACUGCGAUUGAAACCAUUGGAUCGGCAGCAGUUGGACGAUCAGGAGGCCGCUUACAUGGCCACCCUCAACGAGAUUGUGAGGAAGGUGGCAGAGGAUGCGGUGUUGACGGAAAAAGAGACUCGGGAUGCGAUCAUGAGACACAUCGAGGAUAGAGUUCCAGGACAGAGAAAGAAUGUGACGGACAUAGAGGAACUGCAGAGAUUGAUGAGCAAAGCGUACGACUACGUGGCAAAGGAGCACAAGAAGCAAUGGGAAGAAUUUGUAAAUAAGAGGAAGAAACUGCGGAAAGAGGCACUAGAAACAAUCGGAGAACAAAAGGAGAUGAAUCUGAAUAUGGAAAGAGCCCACGAGGAGGAAAUGAGGAAGGGAAGAGAGCAGCAAAAGAAGAAGGAAGAGGAGGAGAAGAGGCAGAAAUGGAAGGUCGAGAACCAACAGAAAGCUGUGGAGCAGAGAAAACAACAGGCCAUGGAGUACAUGAAUAAGGCUCCGGAGGUGAAAGAAACGAAAGCAGUGAGCGAAGAUCAGGCGGAGACGAACGAAAAACCGAUAGGAGGAAUGUUCACAACUGUCGCUUACGAGCCGGUUUUUAAUGAUGACGGCAUGGCUACUGCUGGAAUUGUGGAUUUUGUGGUGAGUCAAAGUAGAAGACAUUUUUCGAAGUUUAUUUUUCAGAGCAGCAGAGCCCGAAAGUACGGCCACAGAACCCGACCGCUGACGAAUCAGACAUGGAUGUCGGGGAUACCCAGUCCGAAGCUGCUCCUCAAUCGCACGCGAUGGGGCACUCAAGCAGAACUGCCAGAUAUUGAAGUGUAUUGGAAUUUAUUUCUAUAA